GAAUCCCAUUGACAACUUCCGCCACAUGUUCAUUUUAUUUUGAGUUAAGAAAAACAAGCAUUUUCUCGUUUUGAAUUACUUGAGGUUGAGAUGGUCGUGUUUACUUGUAGCCAGUGUAAUGAAUCGCUGAAAAAGAAUCAAGUAGAGAAACAUUUUCAGACACGAUGUCGUAACUGUAAUAUGAUAUCAUGUGUUGACUGUGGAAAAGAUUUCUGGGGAGAUUCUUAUGUAGAACACAUAAAAUGUAUAAGUGAGGAAGAAAAGUAUUCAGGGAAGAACUAUAAACCAAAAGCUAAUGCUAAUAAAGGAGAAGUCAAACAAGAACAGUGGCUAGAGAAAGUUCAGAUAGCUAUUGACAAAUGUAUAACCAAUCCAAGAUUGAAAGGAGUGUUGGAAAGAAUGAAAGAUUAUCCUAAUAUUCCAAGGAAAAAAGCAAAAUUUGAAAAUUUUGUUAGUAACAGUAUGAAUGUCAGAGAUAGAAGAUUGGUUGGUGAAGUUUGGGAUUUACUGUUAGCCAAUACAGAACAGCCAAAACCAGUGCCUCCAAAGGAAGAAGAAGUCAACAGUGCUGAAAAUGGAUCGCAAAAAGAAAACAAUGUAAACGGAAAUGUUACAAACAAUGAACAACUUAAAGAACUGUCAAAAAAAGAAAGAAAAGCAGAAAGAAAACGAGUAAAAAAUAAAGAUGAAAAUACUGUGAAAGCAAAAAAAUCGGAUAGUAAAAGCAAAAAAUGUUCUGAAAAUGAUAAAACUGACAGUUCUACUGAAAACGAUGAAAAAUCUAAUAAAAAGAAAUCUAAGAAAAGAAAAAGAAAAGAUACAGAGGAAGAAAUUGAAGAAGUUGAAGUGAAAAAACCUCACAUAGAAGAAAAAGAGGAAGAUAAAACAUUAAAUUCAACCACAGAGGAGAAUGAUGAUGAAAUGGAGGAAAAUAGUCCAAAGAAAAAGUUCAACUGGGAACAGACAAUAACAGAAGUGUUGACUAGUAAAGGAGAAAUAUCAUUGAAAAAACUGAAAAAGAAGGUUUUGUGUGAGUAUCAAGCUCAAGUUGGUUCCUCCAAGUCAGAUGAAAGAAUUUUUGCUAAACUGAAUAAGAAAAUUAGUAAAAAUCCAAACUUUGUUAUUAAAAAAGAAAGAGUUAAACUGAAAAAUUCUAAAUAAAGAAAUGUCAUUGCUUUCUUA